AGCCCGGUGCUGUGUGGGCUGAGGGCCUUGGGAGGAUCCGCUGCCCUCUGCUGUGGGUCCCUGGGGGAGCCGGUCCGACUGUACCGGUGCGGGGCGAGGCCGCUCCUUUUGGAGGUGCGGCAGUGUGUGAGGAGGUGCUCGGAGCCCCGGGGAGCUGAGACGGAGGUGGCGGGACGUUUGUUCCGUGCGUGUAAAGCAGACCGUAAACAUCCCCUUGGAUCUGCAGGAGAGCCAAGCCUCCUAAAGAACCAACAAGUGAAAAUUUUAUCUUGGCCCGCAGACAGAAAGAAAAGGAACACCUCGAAAAUGCUGAUUUCUUAAAGCUGUACAACCGGUAUCGCAAUGUCUACGAGUGGCAGCAACGCAACGAAAAAAAAUGGCUGCACAGCGUUGUGCAGAGAAAGGUGGAUGCGACAAUGCAGGAGUAUCUGGCGGGGACUGAUGAGAGACGAGAGAGGCUUCGUGAGCUCCUGGAGGCAGAGGAAAGUAGGUACUUUGCUGAGAUGGAGUCACUUGAAGAAACGGUACUGGAGAAACAAGAGAAAAUGAGGGAGCGAGCAAAAUUACUGAGAGAGAAGAGAGAAAAAGAAAGACAACAACUUGUGGCUGAAAAACGAGAGCAGCAGUUCAGAGAACAAUGUGAGGAGCUUCGUGUACAGUGGAUGAAGAAGCAUCAGAAGGAAUUGUGUGAAGAUCGGCUGGCCCAGCUAGCUUUGAAGGAGGAAUUGAAAAAGCAACAGAAAGAGGAGGAGCAGAUGUUUGCAGAGCUUUGGGAAGAGGAUAGGUUGGCUAAGGAAAAGCGAGAGGCGGUGGAGAUGCAGAAAUCAGCAGAACAGAAUCGGGAAAUCCUGAAUGUGCUCAGUGCCCAGGUCGCGGUGCUCAGUGCUCACAAAGAGGAGGCAAAGCGGCUGAAGGAAGAAGAGGCUCGAUUGCUGGAAGAACAGCAGCAACUGCUUAAGCUAGAAGAUGAACAAAUUCAGAUGGAGAAACUACAGAAACAGAAGGAAUACAGGGAUAUGUUGCUCAGUGCAGCACAGGACAAGAAGAAUCGUCUUAAUGAAGAAAAACAUGGUGAACUUGCCCUAGAGAUGAAGAUCUUAGAAAAAUCUCUUCAGGAACCCCAGGAGGACCCCGAGGAGAAAACAAAAAGAAAACAAGAGCUGUUCAAGGAGCAACAGACUUACUUGGCACACCUGGCACAACAGCUGGAGGAGGAGAAACAGCGAGAAAAAGAAGUGGACAAGCUCCUCGAUGAAGAGAUGGCGAAGGUUUGGGCCAAGAAGGCUGAGCAAAUGCGAUUGGAAAAGGAGGCCAGAAAGCAGCUACUGAAAGAUGUCCUGAAUACAAGACAACUGCAGAUUGAGGAGAAGUUGCAGAGAAAUGCAAAGGAGCAGGAAGAACUUGCUCAAGAGAGGAAGUUAUUAGCUGAAGCAAUCACAGAACUCGAGCGUAUAGAAGAAGAAAAAUAUGCAAGAAAAGUAAAGGAAGCAAAAGAAUACCAAGAGCAACUCGGGGCUCAGAUUGCCUAUCGACAACAGGCGCGUGAUGCUGAGGAAGAAGAGAAGCAGCGAGAAUAUGAAUCCGGUCUAGCAGCAGAGAGAGCUUACCAAGAAAGGGUACAGGACAUUCUAUCAAGGCCUUUUGAGAAACUAGCAAAGACCCACCCUUUGAGAAGAAAACUAACGUCUAACUCUCAAGAAGAUCACUUACUAUGAUAUUUUUAACUUAGUUGCCUUUAAAAACAUUUUCUAAGGGUGUUUAUAACUGACUUGAGUUAGCAGGCCCCUCUCCACUGUGAUGCUCAAAAUAUUUAACUGGAAAAUACAAGAAACAUAGUAUUUUAAAGGUUAUUUUUACCUAUGGAUUUUUUUGACAAAAUGACUGAUCCAAAUCAAAGUGUUUGACAUUUUAAUACAAGAAUACUGUAUGUUCUCUGCAGUAUAAUGAUGUAUUAUUAUGACACGAAUGACUUGUAGGCAUUCUUUAAAAUCCGCAUAAAGAAAAUUUGUAGAAGAGUUUCAGCAAACUUCUAUUAAAAUGCCUUUCAAACUGUGAA